UUCGUUUUUGUUCAUCUUCUCUGCAACUCAAAAUCCCCCAUUUCCUACACAAACCCAAAUUUUCUCCUCUCCCAAAAUCUCCAAACUUUCAAUCUCAUUCAAUUGCACUACAAGGAAGAAGAAGGUGAAGGAGGAGAAGAAGGUAAAGGAAGAAGAAGGUGAAGGAAGAAGAAGGAGGAGUAGAUUGAAGAAGAGUAUGGAAUAUUAUCGGUAUUAUCGUAGUUGGAUGUACGAUAGAACAUUUCCAGGAAGAAUAGGACUUAAACCCAAUUUUAUAAUAGGAGUUGAAGGGUUUAUCAGUUGGGCGUUUGCUCAGGAAUUAUGUCGAAGCGAAGGAGGAGUUAGGUGUCCCUGUCUUAAAUGUGAAUGUAGACCAAUAAUUAGUGACCCACAGGAAAUAACAGCUCAUUUGCAUAGAAGGGGUUUCAUUGCAAAUUAUUGGGUUUGGACGUUUAACGGUGAAGAACUGCCUAGUAACGUACUAGAGACUAGCAACUCGCAUGCUUCAAGUAGUCGGCCGCCUGUGGAAUAUGAGGAAAACUUUAAUCUGAUUGGUGACAUGGUUGAGGAUGCUUUUGGUGUGAACGUGACCUAUGAUGAACCUGAAGAUUUUGGUGGGGAAGAGUUGCCGAAUGAGGAAGCGCAGAAAUUUUAUCAGCUGUUGAAUGAGAUGAAUACGCCGUUGUUUGAUGGAUCGUCUGACUCAAAGUUAUCAAUGUGUGUGAGAUUGUUGGCCGUCAAGGUAAAUUGGAAUGUUCCUGAUCAGUGUUUGGAAUUCUUCGUAAAGAUGAUGUUGGACUCAACUGCAAUGAAAGACAACUUGCCUACAACAUUUUAUGAAGCAAAGAAGUUGGUGUCGAAGUUGGGCUUAAGAGUAAGAAAGAUUGAUUGUUGCAUUAAUGGUUGUAUGUUGUUUUACGACAAUGAGUUUGGUACUCAAGAUGGGUUGUUGGAGGAAUGUAAGUUUUGUAUGAGUCCAAGAUAUAAAGUUCCCAGUAGAGCCGUUAACACUAAUCAAGACCGUGUAGCAGUAAAGUCCAUGUUUUAUCUUCCGAUAAUACCAAGGUUAAAAAGAAUGUUUGCUUCAAUGCACAGUGCAAGUCAAAUGACAUGGCAUCACACAAAUAACACAAGUCCAGGCACUAUGCGGCAUCCAUCUGAUGGCGAGGCAUGAAAGCAUUUUGAUCGAAUACAUCCUGAUUUUGCCGCAGAACCUAGAAAUGUCAGGCUUGGAUUAUGCUCAGAUGGUUUUACUCCUUAUGUUCAAGCGUCGGGAAGUAUGUAUUCUUGUUGGCCAGUUAUUGUAACCCCUUACAACCUCCCUCCUGAGAUGUGCAUGACAAAACCAUACAUGUUUUUGACGUGCGUCAUUCCAGGACCUUCGAGUCCAAAAGCAGGAAUUGAUGUGUAUUUACAACCUUUAAUUGAUGAUUUGAAGAGAUUGUGGAUUGGAGAAUGGACUUAUGAUAUAUCACGUAAAGAAAACUUUACAAUGCGAGCUUCAUUGAUGUGGACCAUCAACGACUUUCCAGCAUAUAGCAUGUUGUCUGGUUGGGGUACGCAUGGCAAAAUGGGUUGUCCGCAUUGCAUGGGUAACAACAAAGGGUUCACGUUGGAUAAAGGUGGGAAAAGCUCGUGGUUUGACUGUCACCGCAGAUUCCUACCACGAAAUCACUCCUAUAGAAGAAACAUGACAAACUUUAAAAAAGAUGUACGAGUGAAAGACAUUACAAGUAGAAGAUGUUGCCUAUCAAGUUGAUGAUGUUGAUCAAAUUAAUGAAGUGGUUGCAGCUGAAGACAUUACAAGUUUGUCUGAUACAAUUGUUGAGGGACAUCAAGUUGAUGCAUCUAUAUUGUUGGUUGAAAAUAAUGUGGAUGAAGAGAAUGAUGAAGAGUUUGAGUCCGAUGACAACAAUGAAGAGAAUGACGAAGAGAACGACGAAGAGAAUGAUGAAGAGAAUGAUGAAGAGAAUGAUGUGGA